AUGGCGAAUCGCGAUGGCUUCCAGCCAUGUAUCAUGGACACAGGGGCGCCUGCGCCUAUGCCCCACUGGGAGAGGAACCUGGUGAUCUUGGCCUUGGUCGUGCAUGUACUUGAUGUUGGCUCUGAUUUGUGUGUGGCUGUGCUGUUCUUGGCACAUGGGCAGUGGGCCUUUCUCUUCGGCGCCGGAGGAGUGAUCAUUUGGGCAUGGCUUGUCUCGAGCCUGUAUAUCUCCUUCGGAGGUGGAGCACCUGCCGGCGAUAUCGACCACGACUCAGGUGUGGCGGAGCGCCUACCGAGCUUCUUCCUGAACUUUGUCCAGGUCCAGAUCUUCGCAGAAGCAUACGGUUGCAUUUGGCACAAUGGCGAUACGGACUACUUCCACACAUUGCGGUUGAUGGAGGCCAUUUUGGAGUCCGCGCCGAAUUCGCUGGUUCAGCUGUAUGCUUUGGUCAUCUGGGCUAUCCCGGGUGGCCUUGAGACGGAGGGUGCCGUGGCACUGCUGCAGGCCUCGGUGUUCUCCUCCUUCGUCUCGGUGGGGCUGGGGCUGGCCAUGUGGGAGCAGAAGGUGCAGUUUCGCACUUCCGCCGGAUAUGUUGCCACAGUAGCAGUCAUGCGAUCCUUCGAGAUUGCUGCGCGGUCUGCCACCCUUGCAGUGUUCUCCGGGCUCACGCAUCCUCAUGGUUUCUUCUGGUCCCUCGCAGCGGACUAUGGCAUCAUGCUUUUCCUCAUCGUGCGACACCAGUCGGUUCAGUUCACUUACGGCCUCUUCGUGGCUUUGCCCUUGGUCCUGGUCAGCUUAGAACCCUUGGUCUGGAGGCGUGAGGACCACGCAGUGCCAAAGGACUCCUACUACCUGGUCCGUGUUGCUGAGUUUGUGGUGAUGUGGCUGGUUAUCCUCCACAAACAGGCGAACACCGAGGGUGAGGAGUCUUCCGUGCUCGGUUGCGAGAUCUUGGCCCUCUUCAGCAUGCUCGGUCUCUUUGUCACGUUGCCCUUCGUGUGGCGGACUGCGCGACAGUAUGAACUCUGCCGCGAUGUGGCAGACUGGGCCGAGGAGGACGAGGGGGUGAAAGAAGCUAUGAACGAUGGCGAAUACUAUUCCGGCUCAGAUGACAGCCUGGAUGAUCGCGGGAGACGUGACGAAGAGCUGCCGCCUGAGUGA